GGCAGACAUCUGACAAGUUUUGGCACUUCGGCAAUUCAAUUCUCAGGAAGGGACGGCUGUGGACGACUUUGAAGCGAAGCAGCCCCAAACUUAACCUGCAUUGCAAAUGUGCCCUUCAGUAAAGUGAGUGGCUUUUCACCGCAGCGUUGAGGGUGCAUUGGAUCUUGUUAGGUUGUCUCCAGCAUGGCGCCAGCUGAUGCGCUGGUAAGACCAUCAUUUGUACAGCGGAGUUUGCCGCGGGCAUCACCUGUUGGGUUCACGCACCGACCGGGCGGCCAGCAUUCUACACCACCCUUUUCAAUAGUUGCGCUCUUGAGUAGUUGGGAAUGUCAAGACCAGAGGAGCCGCUGUAAAGCAAUUGCGGGCAUAUCAAGCAGUAGUUUCUCCGGGGCACAGUCACGAGAAGCGCUAGUGUCGGGGUGGACCGCUCAGGGGCUUCAGGAGCGCACACACCUGGUGCGUCAAAGCCCAAGGUGUACAAAGGCAAAAGCAAAGUCUAAGAAGAAACCAAGCACGGGGAGGCCCAAACCAAAACCUUGGCCUUUUGAAGACCUGAUGAUGUUUUGGGACGUGGCGUUCGAGAAGUGGAGUGAGGACCCGGAGCGAGCAAAGUUAAUCAUCGACGCAGCCACAAAGGGACUGGCUGCUUACGGCCGGGGGGCUGUGCUUGUGCGUGAGACAGUGACGGCUCGUUCAGUGAGCAGUGCCGGGAGCGGGUUUGGGCCCCAGGCGCAGCGGCAGCGACUACCAGAUGACGAGCAGCAAUUUGACAGCGUCAGCUUUGAGGUGGAGUACAUGCCACGAUGGAAGAUGGAACGGCCAGCGGACGCUGACACUCAAAGCGAGGUACCGGCCGGCGCGCCUGCGGUUGUGUCGUAUGAGAACCUGCGGCCUCUCCUCGGCAGCAUGGAUUGUACCCGGAUGCUUACCUUGACACACAGUGAUGCUGCGGCUGGGCCUACCACAACAGCAACGGCGGAAGAUGGAAGCGAGUUGCAAGUGGAGAUUGUCGAUCCAAAAGAGGAAGAAGUGAGUGCAUCCGAAAGCCUUGGAUUUGAGUUCACGGGAGAGGAGCCAUACAAAAGCGAAGAGGGGGAGCUGGUGCUCCUGAUGGCUGUCAUUGUAGAUGGUCAGCUCGCAGUCGGAGCGGACGUGGUGCGGCGAGUGCCUUUGACAGCGGACGAUGACAGUAGCUGGAGACUGGUGACGAGAGACGAGUUAUUCAUGUGAUUCUAGGUGGAUGGUUCCGAUCUGCGUAUGGAAGGCAAUCAAUUGCU